UUCGUCAUAGCAACGCGAAAAUUGACAUUAAUAAUAAUGUCACUUUGACGUUAAAGUAAAUUUAUUUUAUUUACUGAUUGUAUUUAUCGGUUUAUUUUGUUGGAAAAGUGUGCGAGAUUAGUGCUUUUCGAUAUUUCAAUGUUCCAGGAGCUUACAAUAUGGCCACAGCUCUUUAUACCGAUAAAGACACCAACGACGAACUGUGGAAAGAGUGUUCGAAAUGGUUAACACGAUGGGGGAUGUUAAGAGCAGACCAUCGAGCCAAUUGGCCUGAUGCUUGUAUUGCCGAUUUGGCUAACAUCCUCCGAGAUGGUGUCUUACUUUGUAAAUUGCUCAAUAAGAUAAGUCCUGGAUGUAUUGAUAUGAAGAAUGUUAAUUUGAAACCGGCCAUGGCUCAAUUUUUAAGUUUGCACAACAUUGAGCUGUUCCUCAAGACUUGUGUUAUCUCGUUUGGAUUGAAGGAUCAGGAUUUGUUUGAUCCACUGGUGCUGUUCGAGCUCACAAAUUUCCAUAAAGUAUUAUGCACUUUAUCAAAACUUUCACUAACUAAAGAAGCCCAAAAAAGCAACAUUUUAGGAUUUACUGCUCAAGGUGUCAAAACGAAAGAAGAAGAUGUGAUUUAUCAAAGUCUCAAAUCUGUCUAUGUCAGGACCAACGAACCAAGUUGGUUACAAUUUACAAUUCCUUGUCCGCGACCUGAAGACAGAGAAGAGGAGGUUUACGACGAUUUGUGUUACGUGACCUUCUCGACUUGUCUGCCAGAGCAGCCCCAAACGUUCGAAAAACGUGAUUUUGUUAUAAAAGAACUGUUAGAUACGGAAAAAAAUUAUGUUGAAGUUCUUGCCAAACUGAAACGGAAUUUUAUGAAGCCGUUAGCUAAUCAAAUGAAACCCCAAGAUCAUGAAGUUGUUUUUUAUAAAAUUUACGAUUUACACGAAAUACAUUUAGCUUUUUAUCGGGAAUUGACCCGAUUUCGCGAUCCCGGCUUUAGAUUAAGUUCGAUUUUUAUGAACUGGAGGGAAAGAUUUCUUGUUUAUGGUGGUUAUUGUGCGAAUUUAACACGUGCAACGAAUCUGUUGCAAGAAUUGUGUGAUUGUGAUGAGAAUUUUAACGCAACGAUUGUGGCGUACGAAAAAGAAGACAAUAAUGGUAGGUUUAAACUUAGAGAUGUUUUAUCGGUUCCGAUGCAAAGAAUCUUAAAAUAUCAUUUAUUACUUGAAAAAUUGAUCGAAAAUACUGAUCCUAACGACGAAGAAUGUAAUGAUUUGCGACGAGCUCGUGAAGCGAUGCUUGAUGUUGCCGGUUUUAUAAACGAAGCGGCACGAGAUAGUGAGCAUUUGGCAGUAAUUCAAAAUUUGCAAGAAAAUAUUGUGGAAUGGUACAGAUCACCGGAUCAUCGUUUAGUAAAUUAUGGAAGAUUGAUUAAAGAUGGUGAAAUGAAAAUCAAAGCACAUGAUGAUCAAAAAAUCAGGAACCGAUACGUGUUCAUCUUUGACAAAUGUAUCUUGAUUUGCAAACAAAUCAAAGUUCGUCAAUUUGCAUUUCGAAAUAUCAUCAAUAUCAGCGAAUACCACGUGGAUGAUACACAUAAUAGAGCUGUAUUGAGUCGAGAUGCGCGUUUUUGUUAUCAUUUUCAUCUUGUUAAGAACGACAAUGUUAUGGUUUAUACGAUUUUUGUCCGAACUCUUGAAUUGAAACAACAAAUGAUUAAAGCGAUAAAUGAUGCUUUGGAUAAUAUCCAUCCAGCUGCUAUCAAACGUACAAAUCACACAUUCGAAUUGCAAACUUUUAACGGUCCAGUUCAAUGUUUUCAUUGCUCAAAAUAUUUACGAGGUUUGAUUUAUCAAGGUUAUAAAUGUGGAGUUUGCGGAAUCGGUGUCCAUAAGCAUUGUAUAGCACAUUCGGGUCGUUGUGGCUCACAUAAUCAUCAUUCAACGUCCGAUUUAGUCAUGAAUGGAGCCGAUGCUUGUCUUAGAGAUAAAUUAUGGUUUGUUGGUGAAAUGGACCGAAGUCGCGCACAAAAUGAAUUAGAACGACGAGAAAAUGGCACGUUUCUAGUCAGGAUUAGACCACAGAGUGAAGAUAAGGACAAGUACGCACUAUCGCUCAAAACAAAUGAUACCGUCAAACACAUGAAAAUAUGCAGCACUGGAGAACACGAAGGAAAAUAUUACUUAUCUCUAUCGAAGUUUUUUAGCAACAUUGAGGAAUUGGUGCUCAAUUAUCAAACAAAUAGUUUAAAGGAGAAUUUCGAGAGACUGGAAGAAAAUACGAAAUUGUUGUGGCCUUACCGUCAAUUGCUCGCAACCGUUAUUCGAAAUUUUGAACCGACCGAGAUUUGUCAUUUGCCGCUUCGGGAAGGUCAAAUAAUCUAUGUUAUUGGUAAAGAAGGGUAUAGGGAGGGAUGGUGGAAGGGCCGAAACGACCGACAGGAAAGUGGUUUUUUUCCUAGUAAUGCUGUCCGAAUUGAUGGUGAAGCGAGAUUGAACACUAGUCGUCAUUUUACGCAAUAAAUAGUCGCACGACUUGCCAGUAUAAUUGUUUUGAAGUGUUCACACUGCAGGAGAAAGAAAGAAAGCAUUUAUUAAUGUGUAAUUAAUAAAUUUUAUAUUAUAGAUGUGUUAAGUGUAUCGGUGCCAUUUUUUUUUUUUUUUUUGAAAUCCGAUAAUUUGGGACGGCCUUUGAAAUACAACGAAAGCCACCCCAAAUGAAUAAUUUUUGUUAAAUGAAAUAUACAUACUAUAUAUUUUAUGCUAGAUACACGGAUAAAUUUUGUUAUUCUUAAAUGUAUGUUUAAUAAAUCAAAGUAUUGUUUAA